AUAAAAACACUGGGUCAGGAGGCUGGGAGAGAAAUGCAUGCAGAAAUCUUGUAGUUUAAAUACUAUAUGGCCUUUUUCAGCUUCCCAUCAGAGCCAGAGAACCCUGCCUUGACAAAUUCACUCCUUUUACAGGAAGCUGACAGUAACAUUUUCAGAAGGACACAAGAUCAGAGACCUUCAGAGCCUAUAUUCCUUCUUCCUGCUCUCAGCAAAAGCCCUGACAAGGUAGAGUGACGUGGACAAGAAAACUUCACUCAGAAUUUCUUAGACUCCCUAUAGGUCUCCAACACUAACUUGAUGCACCCACCUGGAACAGAGUCCGUUUUUACAACACUUGGAAAAACAAAAGGUCUCAUAAAACAAGGGCGAGACAGGUUAGAGCAGACUAUCAAGGCCUCCAGUUCCAGGCUUUCCUCCUAUACUGAAAGAGUUGUUGCCUUAAUGGAACGUUCCAAAAGCCCAGAUGGUAACAGCCUGCCUUCGUCACCAACAGACAAUAUCAAUCUUGGACCUUCUGCUAAUCCUAAUGCCAAACCAACAGAUUUUGACUUCCUAAAGAUCAUUGGCAAAGGUAGCUUUGGAAAAGUCCUUCUUGCAAAACACAAGUCUGAUGGGAGAUUCUAUGCUGUGAAAGUUUUACAGAAGAAAUCUAUCCUCAAGAAGAAAGAGCAAAAUCAUAUAAUGGCAGAACGCAAUGUGCUGCUCAAGAAUGUGAAACAUCCUUUCCUUGUGGGACUCCACUACUCUUUCCAGACCAAAGAGAAACUCUACUUUGUCUUGGAUUAUGUAAAUGGAGGAGAGCUUUUCUUCCACUUGCAAAGAGAGCGUUGCUUCCGAGAGCCCCGAGCUCGUUUCUAUGCAGCUGAAAUGGCCAGUGCAGUUGGGUACCUCCAUUCGCUGAAUAUCAUCUACAGGGAUUUAAAGCCUGAAAAUAUCUUAUUGGAUUGUCAGGGACACAUUGUACUGACAGAUUUUGGACUAUGUAAAGAAGGAAUGGAGCCAGAGGAAACAACAUCUACUUUUUGUGGCACCCCAGAGUACCUUGCUCCAGAAGUGUUGAAGAAACAGCCCUAUGACAGAACUGUAGACUGGUGGUGUCUUGGAGCCGUCCUGUAUGAAAUGCUGUUUGGCCUGCCUCCAUUUUACAGCCGGGAUGUGUCUCAGAUGUAUGAUAACAUUCUGCACAAGCCACUCCAGAUUCAAGGAACAAAGACCAUUGCAGCCUGUGACAUCCUGCAAGGACUACUUCAUAAAGAUCAAAAGAAGAGGCUCGGAGCAAAGACAGAUUUUCUUGAGAUAAAGAGCCAUGUUUUCUUCAGUCCCAUAAACUGGGAUGACUUGUAUAAUAAAAAGAUCACUCCUCCAUUUGAUCCCAAUGUGGCUGGUCCUGCCGACCUACGACAUUUUGACCCAGAAUUCACUCGGGAAACAGUGUCCAGCUCCAUCAUCCGUACCCCUGACUUAGCUGCCAGUAGUUCCAGUGCAACUGAUGCCUUUCUGGGAUUUUCAUAUGCACCAAAUGAUGAGGACUAAUGGACCCUGAGUAAACAAAGCUUAAGAAAACCAAUUUUUAGCUUUUGGCUUGGAUGAAAAGAAGCCACUACCCACUGACUAAUCUUCUAACUGGAAGAGAAACAAGCUCUCCAGCUUUGAGAUACAGGACCUCACAAUGUGAAUAUUCCUCUUAACUUGAGGGGAAGUAUUGAUUAUUUUAGUUAAGAUUGUUUAUUUCUAGAGACUUCAACACAUUUAAUGACACAAUCUUGUGCCAAAAUAGAUGUUGUCCUAUAUGAGAAUACAGGUUAACCUCUAUUGAGAUUGCUAUAAGCUAUUUCAAGGGGACCCAGUAUCCAGUUGUUUAUAUAUGCUUGGAAUUGUCUCCCCAGUUUGUGAUUCACUUCACUUUAAUCUUGUGUUCUUUUAGGGCCUUUUAGAUAUGGCUCUUUUUUCUUUAAAAACACCUUUGCCUUCCUUUAUCACAGCCCUUUGGUUUGCCUCAGGGAAAUAUCAGAAAAUACUGUUGCAGUCUGCUAGAAAAAUGUGGAAGUUUCCCUGUCGCCAACUGUCAGUUCUCUGAAGUUAUUUCUUCCACAACAUUUUCAUGGCAAUGUAUUCUCUUUUUUAAAAUUGGACCUUUUGUAUCAUUUCUUUUUUGAAAUUAUGGCCUUAAAGGCAUGCCACCUUACAAUUUCCCUGGGCUUUUCUUUUAGGGUUGAUUAAACUAUUCCUCAACGAUAACUGGCACAGAUAGCAUACCUAAUCAUAUUUCACCAGUAUCCAAUUCUGUGGCAUGACAUUUUACCUUGGAGAUCUUGCCAGCUGACUCUGCUUACAUUUGUAAUAACCUUCUUCAUUGCCUCUCCCUCCAUCUGAAAGUUACAUGGUGAUAAGGGUCAGUUUAUAACUACCUCUUGAUAAUAUGGACAGGAAACAGGCAAAUAAUAUUGUUUUUAUGAAUAUAAAGGAAUAGCAGAUAUGUAAGACCUGCCUAAGGAUGGCUGCGCACAAGUUUUGUAAUCUUAUAUUUACAAAAUUGAGCAAUCCAGCUUCCAGAAAGUGCAACAAUAUACCUGCCUUAGUGUGCAGCCUUAUUACCUUAGUUUUACACCACAUUAUUACUACCACAGGGUGUUUUAUGAAACACUUUAUUCACUGAUGUAGCAGUCUGAAUCACUUCAAAUUAUCCACUGUUUUUUAAUCUCUUAAAUUGUUAGGGAGUCUCUUAUAGGAAAUGAAAAUGCAAGAUCUUGGAUGAAUAACAAAGUUGACACCAUAUAAAAGAAUUCUAUUUGCUACAGCAGUGGACAAAACAAAACACAUCCACCUGAUGAAAAUUGUGGUUCUGACCAGUAUUGACAAAUAUGAUGGAAGGUGCAUCUACAAUGUAGAAUUAAUGCAGUUUGACAUCACUUUUAACUAUCAAUGGAAACCUGUGAUUUUUUGCUUGAUGAGGCGUCAACAUUCUUUGGCAGAAAAGUCUAAAGGUCUUGUAAAACAACAACUCCCAUAAUUCCAUAGCCUUGAGCCCUGGCCAUUAAAGGUGUCAAGCUGAAUUAACUCUACAGUGUAGGUGCACUCUAAGAGAACAAAUGUCGGUGCUAUUAACAUGAAGUGAAGCAGAGCUUUUCCUCUUCUGUUUAAAUUAAGGAACACAUACAGCAGGACAUGUUCCUGGUGUUUGGAGAAUCCAGCACAACUAUGUUAAGAAAUGUAUAUUAUACAAAAAAAAACCCCUGAAGGGUUUUAGUGAUCCUGUACCUCUAAAUAACUCUCUUUUAAAAAUUGUGUCCAAGGUUAAUUUCAAAGGCAGCCAUUAUCUAGGCUUGGGUACAUUUCACUUUUAAAAUGUUUAACUGUGUAUUAAGAAAUGCCUCCUAGCGGCCAUGCUUGCUAUAGGAGGGUUUUUUUUCUUCUUGUAAAUGCUCAUCUUUGUAACUACGGAAAGAAUAUAUUGGCUUAUAUGAUAUAGCGUUGCUUGCCUGUUCCUUCCUGGGUUUUGUUGUGAUAUGUUAAGCUGAUGGCAUAAUUGUGUUGAAAGAUGCUUGCAUAUUAUUUUAUGCUUUCCUUGUCCCAAAAUGUUUAGUCCAGUGAAUAUUUAAGACUUAAUAAAAAUAUUUUAAGAGAACAUAUCUUACCCGA